UCACUGGUUCUCCACCCAUAUAGCACUAAUUUUUACAUCUUCUUGUCUUUCCAACUUGUUUAUUUUAGUAGAAAUGCUCUGUCUAGUCAUUGUGAGCUUGGUUGAUAGUACAAUAAUGGGGGGUUUGAGUGUUUCCGUAUUGGAUAUUAUAUUAUUUUGUGAAAUUUCCGCUGGUUCCCCAUGUGGGUACCAUGGCUGAGUAUCCAAGUUGGUUUAGAAUUUCAGAGUUUGAUUAUUCCCGUAUUGAGAACUAUAUAUAUUCUUCUGUAAAACCUGGGCUGGUUCUCCAAGUUUCUCUGCCCUAGGUUUUUGAUUGAUGAUGGUAGUGUGUGAAUAGGUACUCGGUAUUGUGGGAAUCUUAUCCUCCAUCCCCAAGCUUUUGUGAAGUUAAGCUUCAUCCCGUAUCGGUUGAUAGGUGCUUGAUUUUUACGCACUGAUUAUCUAAGCUGAAGAUUGGUCACCAAUUGCUUGUUUGCAUUAAAAUGGAGAUCGGCCUGUUGAUUAGGAGAGCGCUGGUGGUGGUGGUGUUUUGCGUAUGGGUGCCCAUGGAAGUGAUGGGCAAGGAUGGUAAUGCUAGCCUGUCUUCUGCAAGGCCGAGUGCCGUGAAUAUUGGAGUUCUGUUUACCUUCAACUCUGUUAUUGGGAAAGCGGCGAAGCCAGCAAUUGCAGCUGCUGUUGAUGAUGUCAAUUCUGAUUCCUCUGUUCUUCAUGGAACAAAGUUGAAUCUCGUUUUGCAUGAUACUAAUUGCAGUGGGUUCAUUGGAACUAUAGAAUCUUUAGAGCUGAUGGAGAAAGAUGUAGUCGCUAUAAUUGGCCCUCAAUCCUCUGGAAUAGCCCACGUUAUCUCCCACAUUGUUAAUGAACUUCGCAUACCAUUACUGUCGUUUGGGGCAACAGACCCCACACUUUCUGCAUUGCAGUUCCAAUACUUUAUCCGUGGGGCACAUAGUGACUAUUACCAGAUGUAUGCAAUAGCUGAUUUGGUUGAAUUCUAUGGCUGGAGGGAGGUAAUUGCCAUUUUUGUUGAUGACGAUUACGGAAGGAACGGGAUUUCUGUAUUAGGUGAUGCCCUUGCAAAGAAGCGUGCCAAGAUUUCAUACAAGGCUGCCUUUACACCUGGAGCCCCUAGAAGUGACAUUAAUGAUUUGUUAGUUGGAGUAAACCUUAUGGAAUCUCGGGUUUACGUCGUUCAUGUAAAUCCUGACUCUGGUCUGACAAUUUUUUCUGUGGCAAAGCAACUUGGGAUGAUGAGCUCUGGAUAUGUUUGGAUUACAACAGAUUGGCUUCCUUCCGUGUUAGACUUGUCUGAAUCACCUGAUCCUGAGACAAUGGAUCUCCUGCAAGGAGUUAUUGCUCUUCGCCAUCACACACCUGAUUCUGAUGCAAAAAAGAAAUUCAAAUCUAGGUGGAAAAACUUGAAAUAUAAGGCCACCUCAAGCUUCAACUCUUAUGCUCUAUAUGCUUAUGAUUCUGUUUGGAUAGUUGCCCAUGCACUUGACAGCUUCUUCAGUGAGGGUGGAAAUGUCUCCUUCUCUGAUGACCCUAGGUUGCACGACAGUAAUGGAAGCACACUGCACUUGACAUCAUUACGUGUUUUUGAUGAAGGCCAGAAAUUGCUCCAGAUGCUUCUUGCAACAAAUUUCAAUGGUCUGACCGGUCUGCUUCAAUUUGACUAUGAGAGGAACUUAAUUCAUCCAGCAUUUGAUAUUCUUAACAUUAUUGGGGCAGUACCUCAUGGCAUAGGUUACUGGUCAAACCAUUCGGGUCUUUCUGAGGUUGCUCCAGAAAUCUUAAUUUCAAAACCCUCAAAUGUUUCUUCUGGAAAUCAACAUCUUUCCAGUGUGGUAUGGCCUGGUGAAACUUCAAAGCAACCUCGGGGUUGGGUGUUCCCCAACAAUGGAAAGCCUUUGCGAAUUGUGGUGCCGAACAGAGUAAGUUAUAAAGAAUAUGUAAUGAAAGACAAGGGCCCCCUAGGGGUGAAAGGAUUCUGCAUUGAUGUCUUUGAAGCUGCUGUAAACUUGUUACCCUAUGCUGUACCCCACAUAUACAUGGUAUAUGGUGAUGGUUUGAAAAACCCUUCCUACAACAAUCUUGUGAAUGAUGUUGCCCUAAAUAAAUAUGAUGCAGCAGUGGGGGAUGUUACAAUUACUACAAACAGGACGAGGAUUGUAGAUUUCACACAGCCCUUCAAGGAGUCUGGACUUGUCAUAGUUACUCCAGUCAAAGAAUCAAAAUCUAAUGCUUGGGCUUUCCUGAGUCCAUUUACCUGGGAAAUGUGGUGCGUCACUGGUGCCUUUUUCCUUUUCGUGGGAGCUGUCGUUUGGAUUCUUGAGCACCGAAUGAAUCAUGAAUUCCGUGGUUCACCAAGGCAACAAAUUAUAACAAUCUUCUGGUUCAGUUUCUCGACAAUGUUUUUUGCACACAGAGAGAACACUGUGAGCGCCUUGGGACGUCUAGUGCUGAUCUUAUGGCUCUUCGUAGUGUUGAUUAUCAAUUCAAGCUACACAGCUAGUUUGACAUCGAUCCUCACAGUGCAGCAGCUGACAUCACAGAUUGAAGGGAUUGACAGCUUGAUAUCAAGUACGGAUCCGAUUGGAGUUCAGGAUGGAUCAUUUGCGCACAAUUAUCUGGUCGAAGAGCUCAACAUAGCAGAGUCUAGGAUCCGGAACUUAAGGGACCAGGAAGAAUACGCUUACGCACUUCUCCAAGGUCCCAAAAAGGGUGGAGUUGCUGCCAUUGUCGACGAGCUCCCUUACGUCGAGCUCUUCUUGUAUAGUACCAACUGCAAAUUUAGAACUGUGGGGCAGGAAUUCACUAAAAGCGGAUGGGGAUUUGCAUUUCAAAGGGACUCUCCUCUUGCAGUAGACUUGUCGACUGCCAUUCUACAACUCUCAGAGAAUGGUGAUCUCCAGCGAAUUCACGACAAAUGGUUGUCGGUCAAUGGGUGCUCUUCGCAAUCCAACCAAGCCGAUGAAAGCAGGCUAUCUCUGACCAGCUUCUGGGGCCUGUUUCUCAUUUGUGGGAUAGCAUGCUUCCUUGCUCUUACGAUAUUUUUCUGUAGGGUGUGCUUGCAGUUUCGCAGAUACAACCCCGAGGAGGGGGAGCAGGAGAUCGAGGAACCAGAACCAGCUGCUCGGCCUAGACGCACAAUGCGAGCGACUAGCUUCAAGGACUUGAUCGAUUUUGUUGAUAAGAAAGAAGCCGAGAUCAAGGAGAUACUAAAGCGCAGGGGUAGCAGCGAUCACAAUCGACAAGCAAGCCACAGCUCGGAUGGCCAACUAGAACCGGGUUCACCUUAGGGGGAGAUUUUUUCAUUGGCCUGCUUGUUCUUGUUUUUGAGUUUUCCUGUCUGCGCUUCUUAGGUAAUAUUACUGAAUCUUACUAAAAAAAAAAAAAAAAACAGAAAAGCAUGCCUCUUAUAGUUCAGAAACCUAUGAUACUGAAAGUUUAGGCAGCCAGAUUGACCAUUUGAUGUAUAGAAUGUGAAAAAAUGCCAAAAAUUUGUCAAAAAUCUGUACUGUACCUGUGCAAUACAAGUAUGAACGAAUGUAUCCGUCAUUUAUUUCAGAAGGGUUCUUUGAGGUUUCUGUU